UCCAAAUCCACGAGAUGCAGGACCUCGGCGACAAGCUGCGCAUGAUCGUCAUGGGGCACCGCAGGAUUCGUAUCAACAAGCAGCUGGAGGUUGAGCCUGAGGAGUCUGAGAACAAACAGAAAAUCAGAAGGAAGCAGAAGCGGCCUCGAAAAGAGGCCGAAGAAGAGCCUGGAGCAAAGGAGCAGGCUGUGGAGGUGGUACUGGAGCCCGUGGCCGCCUCCCCGCAGGAGGUUCUUAUGGUGGAAGUAGAGAACGUGGUUCAUGAAGACUUUCAGAUCACAGAAGAGGUUAAGGCACUCACUGCAGAAAUUGUCAAAACAAUCCGGGACAUCAUUGCCUUGAAUCCCCUGUACAGAGAGUCGGUCCUUCAGAUGAUGCAGGCGGGACAGCGCGUCGUAGAUAACCCAAUCUACUUGAGUGACAUGGGAGCAGCCUUAACGGGGGCAGAGUCACAAGAGCUUCAAGACAUCCUGGAGGAAACCAGUAUUCCUAAACGCCUUUACAAGGCCCUUUCCCUCCUGAAGAAGGAAUAUGAGCUGAGCAAACUUCAGCAGCGUCUCGGGAGGGAGGUGGAGGAAAAGAUCAAGCAGACUCAUCGCAAGUAUCUUCUCCAAGAGCAACUGAAGAUAAUUAAAAAAGAGCUGGGUCUGGAAAAAGAGGACAAGGAUGCCAUAGAAGAGAAAUUCCGUGAGCGACUAAAGGAGCUGGUAGUGCCAAAGCAUGUUAUGGAUGUGAUAGAUGAAGAGCUGAACAAGCUGAGUUUGCUGGAUAAUCACUCCUCAGAAUUCAAUGUUACACGGAACUACUUGGACUGGCUGACAUCCAUCCCAUGGGGCAAGUGCAGCGAGGAGAACCUGGAGCUGAGCCGAGCUCAGGCAGUGCUGGAGGAGGAUCAUUAUGGAAUGGAGGAUGUAAAGAAGCGAAUCCUGGAAUUCAUAGCAGUCAGCCAGCUGCGAGGAUCCACCCAGGGGAAGAUUCUUUGUUUCUACGGCCCCCCGGGCGUUGGCAAGACCAGCAUCGCCCGCUCCAUCGCCAGGGCCCUCAACAGGGAGUAUUUCCGCUUCAGCGUCGGAGGGAUGACGGACGUGGCAGAAAUCAAAGGACACAGGAGGACAUAUGUUGGAGCAAUGCCUGGAAAAAUCAUCCAGUGUCUGAAGAAGACCAAGACAGAGAAUCCACUUAUCCUGAUUGAUGAGGUGGAUAAAAUAGGAAGGGGGUAUCAAGGGGAUCCAUCCUCAGCCCUUCUAGAGCUGUUGGACCCAGAACAGAACUCCAACUUCUUGGAUCACUACCUUGAUGUUCCUGUGGAUUUAUCAAAGGUGCUCUUUAUUUGCACUGCCAAUGUAACAGAAACCAUUCCAGAGCCGCUGCGAGACAGAAUGGAAAUGAUCAAUGUAUCAGGAUAUGUAGCAGAAGAGAAACUUGCAAUUGCAGAGAGGUACUUGGUCCCUCAAGCACGAGUUCUGUGUGGCUUGGAUGAAAACAAAGCCAAAAUCACCUCAGAUGUCCUGACUGUUCUCAUCAAGCAGUACUGCAGAGAGAGCGGGGUGAGGAAUCUGCAGAAACAAGUAGAAAAGGUAUUGAGGAAAUCUGCCUAUAAAAUUGUGAGUGGAGAAGCAGAAACGGUCCAAGUAACACCCGAAAACCUGCAGGACUUUGUAGGAAAGCCCAUCUUCACUGUGGAUAGAAUGUAUGAAACCACUCCUCCAGGUGUGGUGAUGGGUCUGGCCUGGACAGCUAUGGGAGGUUCCACGCUGUUUGUUGAAACAUCCCUAAGGCAACCCAAAAACAAGGAGAAUAAGGAUGGGUCCCUCGAAGUAACAGGGCAACUGGGAGAUGUGAUGAAAGAGAGUGCCAAAAUAGCUUACACGUUUGCAAGAGCCUUUCUGAUGCAGAAGGAACCCAGCAAUGACUUUCUCCUGUCUUCCCAUAUCCACUUGCAUGUGCCAGAGGGAGCAACCCCGAAGGAUGGACCAAGUGCAGGGUGUACGAUAGUAACAGCUUUACUAUCGCUGGCCAUGAAUUGCCCGGUGAGACAGAAUUUGGCCAUGACCGGAGAGGUGUCAUUAACUGGAAAAAUUCUUCCUGUUGGUGGAAUAAAGGAGAAAACGAUUGCGGCAAAGAGAGCAGGUGUGACCUGUAUCAUUUUGCCAUCUGAAAAUAAAAAGGAUUAUUAUGACCUUGCUGGAUUCAUCACAGAAGGACUAGAAGUGCAUUUUGUGGAACACUACAAAGAAGUGUUUGAUAUAGCAUUUCCAAAGCUGGCUUCUGCUGGAGGGUGACCGCCGUCAACCUCAGGACUGGGAGCAGUCUGUCC